AAACUUUUUUCUUUGGCCAUUUCUAUCCGUUUUCUCCAUCUAGCUUGCAUUUUAGUGCUGAAACAAGGACUGGGUUGUCUUCAUUUCUCAGCUAAUUCACUACAAGUGGAUCACAUGGAUUGGUAUCAGUGUAAAGGAAUGGAGGAUCUUGUUGUCCCCAAACAUCAAGAAGUAGACGAUAAUCUCCCUUCACCUGAGAGUUGGUCAAAAUGGGAUUUCACCUCUCCUGGAAAAUUUAACGAUGAACGCUUUGCUGUGGCCGAGAAUCUAACUUUUGUUAAACCGAAAUUCAAUGGCAGAUUAUGCCACGGCGUUGAAUUCGAAUCCACAGCCGAUGUUAACGAUCCAUCUACAUGUUGGAGUAUAUAUGGUGGAUUGUCGUUGAAUCAGGGUCGAGUUUCACAGCAUCAAACCGAUCACCAGCUCGAUGAUUUUGGCAGAUCCGAGCAGCUCGAUGACAUAUUCUUGGCUUCCUUACUGGAGGAUCCGACUUGGGGCGAAGAUCUUCACAAAUCGUUUUGCUUUUCUCCUGGAUUCGAGUGCGAGACGAUGGCUGCCGACUAUCUUCUGCCAGAUUCAUUUACUGCCAAAAUUUUGGUUCCUCCUGAACAGAUAACUGCAAAUGGAUUUGUGUCGGAAGGAAUGUCGCUUGAAGAAUCGGUUUUGAAGGAGCUUGAAAAGGUGACGACACAGUUGUCUGAUAAGACUCGAAUUUGCUUCCGAGAUGCCUUCUAUCGUCUUGCCAAGAACUUGAAACAGAAUCCUGUAGCACUAGGCCAACAAGGAAACCUCCAUGCUCAAACUCAUCCUCUGAAGUGGACAAUCUCGGAGGAGAAAAUAAGGUCUGGGAAAAAAGAAAAGACUGAAUCGGAGACCAAUACCAUUGAUCGAACCAUCGCAAACCUCACCUUCGACAAGAUGGAUAUCAACGUUUGGGACUUUCCGCUUUUCCAAUCCCAACAAUUCUAAAGCAAAAACGUCACCGGUGAGUCCAAGUCGCUAAGUUAAUCACAGUUCACAUGCUGGCACCAAAUGAUGCGGAAGUUCCCGACAUGGAUAUGCCUCAAAGAACUGAUGAAAUUGCUG